CAACUCACAUUUGGCUUCUGUUAUGGCCGCCAGCAUUACUUGAGGAGCAAGCCAAAAAACGAGGCCCAGCGGGUGCAGUUCACCUUUAAGUGAUAGUUGAUCUCUGUGACUCUGUCUAAUGUUCCACUCACUCCCACUCUUGCAGUGCCAUUAAGAAGAAGAAGCCUGCUCUCUUUGCCCCUGUCGUGCCUCUCGGCUUCGUCCUGGCCUAUCAGAUGGACAUGGCAUAUGGAACGCUAAUCUACCGAAUGAGGGGUAAAUACUUCUCUCUUUACCAUGUGUACAGACAACUGACCCAAAACAUAUUUUAAGAACUCAGAUAUUUUAUUUUCACAUUGUCCUUUCCACCACGGUUCCAGCAACUAUGCUGGAUGCGUAACCAGGCCAAUGCAGUACAGCUCGGCUCAGUAAUGUAAAAAGGGUAUUUUAGCUCACAAUCACAUCUAUUAGUGAUUUCACCAAGAUUAGAACGAGACAGGGUUGUCAAUCACCCAAUUUCAGUAUCAAAAACCACCUCAAGAAGAAAAAGACAGAUCUUGCUUUGAUUUGUGUGACUUCUCUCUGUCAAACUUAAAACAUUCUGUGACAUCACAGAUCGUGCCUUGUGACAGUGGUUAUUGGGUUCCAUGGUCAUUAGGUAUGGAGAAAGCCAUUUAGAUACCCUGACCAAUCUCCAAUAAUUGGCUACCUCUCAGGGGAACAUGGGCUGCUUUUAAAGCGUCACCACUUCACAAAAAGACUUGGUUAGAUUUUCUUUCAGCCAACCAGAAACCGUCCAAGGCAUCUCCGCCCUCAGAUAAAUUGAAAGAUACAUUAAACCUGGGUAAACAAUAUUCUUGCUGUAGUCAGUUACUACAGUAUAGGGUAGACGUAAUUUCAACAAUACCCACGGCAGACCACCACAGUUUAAUAUCAGUAUCUUAGUUGAAAGCAAUACACUAAUUUCUGUGAUCUGAAAGAAAAUGGACAAUAAAGAAUUCUUCUUUGCUUGCUUGUUUCCUUUGCUAUUUGAUUGAUGUCACUUCCUGCCUGUUUGUGUCCCCAGGGGAGGCGGAGAGCAUCAUGGUCUCAGAACACGACCGAUUGGACCUUCCACACGGUGUGCCCAACUUCGAGAGCAUUGAGAAGGCAAGAAGAGCCAAGACCGCCCUCGGCUCCCUCUUUGAGAAAUGACACUGACACUGCUAUGGUGGGUGUGUUGUCCAGUGUCACACCUUUCUGAUCUACACCCCUGGAAGUGAGUGAGUGAUGCUCCUCCGUCCCAAGAUCAACAUUCAUCAAGUCUUCACCACAGAGUUAAGCUGUGUUCACAUGCUAUCGGAAUUAUUGGAAACUCAGGACUGAGAAACUCCCGUAGUUCUCAGUCCUACGUAGUAAAUACAAGUGAGAAACUUGUGUAGCAUCGUUAAACCCUAGUUAGAUAUUUUAGAGUUUCCGAUAAUUCCGAUAGCACAUGAAUGCGAAAUUAUACAGCCAGCCAUGUACAUAGGACACUUAUUGAGCUGACCUAGGAAUUACUGUUGUGAUCAGAAUCUGCAUUGUUUUAGAAUUAUCCACACCAAUGGUGUUCAGAUAUAUAUUUAAUGGAAAAUGGGUUAGUUCCAUUUAAGCCUUAGAAUUUGUGGCCACAUUAAAAUGGACUUCAAUUGCUCACCAGUUGCAGUUCAAGAUGCCUAAGAUUAAUGGUAAGAAGUCGCUACUCAGGCAUGUCAAAAGUGUUUGUAAACGUUGUAUAAAAAAAUGAAUUGCCAUUGUAAAAGAAAAGUCGACUGCUGGUGAUACUAUUCGUAACUUCAAUAAAAUACGAUUAUCUGUA